AUGGUGAAGGAUAAAAAGAAUAAAAAGAAGACCGAGAAAGGGAAGGCCAAGGAGGUCGUACAGAACACUGUUGACACUCUCAGUCCUCAGUUGGUGGAAGAUGCACCAGAGAUCCAUCCAACGAGCUCAGUUGAUUUUCUGAAUGCUGUCGUUGCUGCUGCAUCCGCCACAGCAGACUCGCAGCACUUGGAUGUUUCACCGUACCAGGCACAUUCUUCUUACCAGGAUCAUCAUAUUAUGCCGAAUCUACAGCAUAAUCACCCGUCACCUCCUUACAUGACGUAUCCUCCCAUAAAUUUUCCCUUUCCUCCUCCAGCACAUCCUUACGGUCAGUCUUCAUCGCACUCUGCAAAUCUUCUUCCCAACUUGGGGUUCCCCGACGUCCAAUUGGCGUCAAAUGACGAGAUUCUUCGUGCAUUGCAAGAGCUGGACAUGUCCAAACUUGCCGGGGUAUUGAAGACAUUGGGUGAUGCCGCUGCAGCAGCCAAUGUACCUCUUGGUGUUCCUCCAGGGUUUAUCCCGCAUCUUUCUAGUCAUUCUAACAUGCAUCCACAACCCCCACCUCAACCGAUGGGACAACCACCUUCUACAUCGGGAGCAAUCCUGAAUACUGCUCCCAAGUCGACCAAGACGACCCACAAACGUGUUUUGGACAUGAGCCUUCCGGGGCCCGAACAUGGCAAUCCAGAUCAUGCUCACAUGUUAGCUAACAAGUGGAUGAACGCAACAAAACUGGCCGAGAUGGUUAAAACACAAGGUCUCGUUUACAAGAAGGGCAAAUUUUCCGCAAUCGAAGAGGAACAACUUCGAGCCGCUAUCGAAGCUUUUAAAGCGGGUCGAGGUCUUACAGACGAUCAGCUCCAGGACAUUAUUUUCCAAAAGAACGAGAAAGGCAAAGACAAUGCGUUUUGGUCGGAAAUUACUUCCGCUCUCGCUCUACGCCCUAUUAUUGCCGUUUAUCACCACGUUCGUAGGGCAUUCCAUCCCAAGAAGCAGCAAGGCAAAUGGAUGCCCGAAGAAGAUGCAGUGCUGAAACAAGCUGUUGCGGACCUAGGUCAACAAUGGGAAAAAGUCAGUGAGAUUGUAGGUCGAAUGUCCUCCGAUUGUCGUGACCGUUAUCGCAAUCACAUCGCCAAUCGUGAAGUCCGGGUGACGGGGGCGUGGACAAAGGAAGAAGAGCAGGAGUUGACGGCAAUUGUCACGGAGAUGACGAUCCAACAGGGCAAGGAUUUUGAUAACGAUGUCUUCUGGGGCAAAGUGAGCGAUAGAAUGGGGAAUAGGCGCGGCAGACAACAAUGUCGAAUCAAAUGGACAGAUUCGCUGAGUAAAACUGUCAAAAAUGAAGGGCAAAAGCCACGUUGGAGCGCUCAAGAUGCCUAUAUAUUGGUCCAUAAGGUCGACUCCAUGAACGUUAGGGACGAUACUGAGAUCGACUGGAAGACGCUGCCUGAUUCAGAUUGGAAUCUAUGGAGUGCUCACUCACUCCAACGACGCUGGUUGACGAUGAAGAGAGGAAUCAAGGGGUACGAAGAUAUGACCCACCAAGAAAUCAUGGAUAUCCUUCGAGUCAAGAAAGCUCACCUUCCUCCCGCUUCGGCAGCACGUAAACGAAAAGUCAUCAGCGCAGCAAACAUUGAUGAGCCGGCGGACCCAGAGCCUGGAGACGCGGGGCCAAGUGGUGCACAAGAAGGUGCAUCUGAUAGCCAAGAUAGAGAUGCUGAUGGGUCAACCGACGAUUCGGAUGCUUGA